AUGCUUUCGUAUUUGAGCUCGCUGAUGGUUGUUUUGGGGGAGAAGUUGGGUAAAGAUGGGGUUGCGAGUCGUGGGAGAGAGGAGGCUAUUGAGCAGCGGGUGGUGCUUGAGCGUGGUGUGAAGCCGUUGGAGAAGAAGCUAGGGUACCAGUUGGACAAGUUGACGCGGGCGUACAUGCGGAUGGAGGCUGAUUUGCAGGGGGGCCAAGUAUCUAGUACGAGUGGGAAGGAGAAAGAGAAGGAGGCAGCAGAAGAAGAAGAGGACUCCAGUGAGAGUGAAGACGAGACGCAGUUUAGGCCGAACGGGUCGGCCAUGGUUACUGGCAAGACUUCUGGCAAGGCCAGUGGCAAGGCUAGUGCGGAGGCUAAUGCGGCCUCUGCUGACGCAGAGGCCUCGGGCUCCAUUUACAGACCACCAAAGAUCAGCGCAGCCCUGCCCCCACAGCACCACUUCGAAGACAAAUUCAAUGCCCAGGAACACAAGGACAAGAGCAGCAGGUCGCGUAUGCAGGCUAUGGAGGAGUAUCUCAAGGAGACUUCCGAACAGCCCGAAUGGGAGGCCUCUAUCGGUGCGAAUAUCGUGAACCAUGGCCGUGGUGGUGUCAAGACCUCGAGAGAUACAGAGCGCGAGCGCGAUAUCCAGCGUUUCGAAGAAGAAAACUUCACUAGAUUGAACCCUAACGGUUCCAAGGUCGACAAGAGGCUCAAGAAACAGCGCGAGAUCAGUGCCAAGGUCAACAUGAUCGCCGGUGAGGACUUCAGUAUAUUCAACUCCAAGAGAAAGCUAGAAGAAAGCACCAGCAGAAGGGGGUCCAAGAAGUCCAGGAACGCCUGGGAAAGAGCCAAGCGCAAGUUGUAG